CAGAGGAGCUGAAACCCUUUCCAUUAGUCUUCAACAGACCAAAACACGCACUGUGUAAAGGUCACGAUUUGCCUAUCGCAGUCACUGUUACUGUAAUUUGCAUCUGUUCGGCCAGACUAAGAAUAAUAUGAACACAUCAUGCUGGGUGUUUGGCUCAUCCAGUUGGGAGGAGGGAAAGAUCUGCAGCAGCAGCAGCAGCAGGGGGAGAAGAACGGACGCAGAAAGACUUAAUAGGGAGAAAGGCAUCAAGAGGAGGGAGGCACACAUGCAGUACAGUGUGCGUAUGUGUUGUUUCUGACAGUGAGGUGGGAGGAGAGGAGGAACAGGGGAAGGAGGAGGAAGGGGUGCUUCCUCUUCAGUCUGGGGCUGAGCUGCUGAUGUAUCCCAGUAGUCCGUAGCAACAGGAAACCUUGGUAUAAAAAGCGGCGUUGCAGGGGGAACCCUCCUAAGAGUCUUUCAGCCGCAGCAUGACCAGGACGGAGAGCCUGAGAGUUUGGACUUAACAAAACAAUGCCCAGCCUAAUCGUCGAACCACUCAACACACAAGAGUUCAUCAUGGACAGAGAUGACAGGAAGAGAAACAAGAACAUGUGAGUGAAACUUUGACUUUUGUGGGGUUUCCGUUACACUUGAUUUUAUCCGGAGGAUCUUUAUGAAUUUACAAAGCGGCGCUUUACGUUUUCGGUUCUCAUGGCAAAGAGUCGGACGAUGCCUUAUGGUACAUCUUCUAAAAAAAGUUCAACUUAACCUCAGCGCACGCUUUCUUUUUCUAACUACUCACAUGCCAAACAUGCUUGGGUAGAUUCACUGGAAGCUAAUUUAACAGCAGAUAAUCCUAUAGAGGUAUUUAUUCAUGUUUGUCUUAUCUCUACUCAGUGGAAAGAACUUCAUGUGCCGACUCCAAGGCAUGUUCUCACACUCAUCAAGCUCUGAGAGGUAAGGGGACUUAUGGAGUGUUUUGCAUACAUUUCAGUUUUAAAAUAGCCAGCCUGCCUCUAUCAUUUCCAUCUAUGGCAUCAUGAAAGGAUUCAAAUGAACUAGAGACACCAUGUUUGCUUUGGCACGGCGCACAAGUGAACCAACAGAUCCCAUGGUUGGACAUUUUUGCACAAAUUUGAUAAGCACAUCUGCUAUGCUUUCUUGAUUAGACUGCUUCUGCGUCCUUGCGGUUCGCCCCCAGCUUGAUUUUAGCCAAAUUUGAUUCUGGUUGAGUAAUCAAACUUGCCUUUUUCUCUCCCAGCAGGCUAACUUUAGAAGACACCCAACAAUGGUCACAGUCACUGGAGCGGCUGCUGGAUUCUAAAUGUAGGUUGAUUUCCCCCUCGAGGACGAUAAUGCUGCUGUAACAGUAAAUCAUGUUUGUGAGGAUAAGAGUUAAAGGAGGAUUCUGCUUCCUUACGCUUGGUGUGUUUUCUUUGCCCUCCUCAGAUGGACUGGCCACGUUUCGCAACUUUCUCAAAUCCGAAUACAGCGAUGAGAAUAUUGAGUUCUGGCUCACCUGUGAGGAUUACAAGAAGAUCAAGUCUUCAUUCAGGAUGUCCUCGAGAGCUAAGAAGAUUUAUGAGCAGUUUGUCAAAGCGGAGUCUCCUAAAGAGGUAAGUUCGAAAGCUUUGAAUUCAUGCGCGGAUUGUAGCUUUACUGACAGAGUAAAGUACCUGUCAAAACGCAGAAUCUCUGAUCUCCUCUAUCCAUCUCAUUCCAGAUUAACAUCGACUAUCACACCCGAGAGCAGAUCAAAAGGAACGUCAAAUCCCCCACCGUGCACUGCUUUGACGAGGCUCAGAAGAUCGUUUUCGGACUGAUGGAAAGAGACUCGUACCCGCGGUUCCUCCGCUCGGACAUUUAUAGAACUCUCCUCGAAAACCUUUCUGCCGACGCCGCGAAGGGCUGAAAAGCGUGGACCCUGAAGGGGGGAAAAGAGAGACUUUGAUAACCAACAACUGGAAUGUUUGCGCUCCUUCAAGAGGAAGGACUGAACACAAAGAAGGAAGGAGGGUCGAGCUGCACACCCCACGGACACAUACGGAGGCCUUGCGCUUCGGCGGCGACACUAGAUCCAGAUGCAAACCGUGGAAGAUGCCCUGCAUGGACCAGCCAUUUAAAACGUGUGGAGAAAUCUGUGUGUGCAGGCCGUCCGAUCACUUCUGACAAUGAGAAAACCAGUGGGGUGACAAGAGGCUCGCUCCACGGAGCAGAGCGUGCAGCGGACCUCCUUUGGCCUUCUUUGCAGAGGUGUUUCCUGAGCAGAUAACAUUAGUGGAUGUAAGACGCCACGGUCACACCUGAUUAGCUGUGUGUAAGUGUGUGUGUUUGAGCGAGAGAGAGAGAGAGAGAGAGAGAGAGAGAGAGUGUGUGUGUGUGUGUAGUUGUAGCUCUUAAGUGCUACUGACAGAAUAAGCUGUCGCAAUACGAGUUGGCCAAUUAUCUAACGACAGCACAAAGGAAGCCGACGAAUCCAUAGCGGACGGAGGACUCGAUAAUGACGUGUCAUCCUCGGUAAAGGGUUGCAGAAGGCCGCUUAGUUCUGCAAGAGGCGUUCUGGGACACUUUAAAAGGAGAUUUUCCUUUCUUCCUCUUUUUUUUCUUUUUUUGUUUAAAGCGGACUCAUACUUUUUGGGAUUCAAGCUGCCUAAGAGUGAUAUUUUGUGCCGUUGUCUGAUACCCUCGAGGUUUCUCACUGCAAAGAAAGUCGUUUUAUUUAAAGUCAGAAAUAGGAUGAGUUUAUUUUCAAGUGCGCACUUUUUUUUUUUCAUUUUGAGAGGAAGUGGGACUAAACUCUGCACUACAGCAACUAAGAAGUUCCCAGUUUCACAGCCGGUGACGUCCAACGUUGAUUUCAUAGACUAGUGAAGAAAGCCGGCCGUUGUUUUAGUCUACCAAUUCUUAAAGCACUUAAAAGUCGUGAUUUUAUGUAAUGAACUAUCCGAGUGGAAUUAUUUUAUAGAGAUAGGAAAUGUCACCUUGCAUGAUAGGGUUUAAAAAAAAUACUCCUUGUACACCCUGAACAAGCCUUGUUACUGCCUCCAAAAGCAUGAUGUUUGAAUGUAUUUGUAGGAGUUAAUAGUGAUGUUAACUUAAAGUUCAACGAUGCAUUAUUUAUUGUUAAUUGUCACUGUUUGAGUACAAAGUUUGUUGCAGUGUUGAAGUGCCUGUUUAGUGAUUUGAAAGACAUUAAAUUAUUUAACUUGCUUCUUGAAAACAAGGUGAUUUUUUUUUUUUUUGUUUUU